UCUGCCUGGGGGAAACCCCAGCCUGAGAGGGAGGAAGGGGCCGCCCAGCACCACCUCCCCUGCAUGAGAUGGGGAAGAGUGAGAACGGGGUGUUUUGUCUUGCACUGUCCUCACCUGGGAGCUGGGGACUGCCUCAGCAAAGGGGCUUUGCGUUCUCACCCCCGAGGCUGGAGGCUUGAUGUGGGAUGUCUCUACGGGAGAAGAAAUAACAGCCCUGUAUUGUCUCCUUCAGCGCUGUUGUAAGGACCAAAAAUCAAGCAAAGAAAACCGCCCUGAGAGUUAGAGACCAGAAUCUCUGUGCAGUUUCCCAUUUUCUCCUUCAAUAUGAAACCUUUGAAUGUAAACAUCAUCCUGUGGUCUUCAAAAUGAUCAUUUUUAUUGGCCGAAGGAUCAUGAAGGACUCAAGUGUAUUUACUAGAUCAUCCCCCUACUGUUCUAAAUUGAGUGUGUUUACCUUUUCUCGAACUACAAACAACCCUGUGAGUAGCACCCUUAUGUGUUCAAAUUUUGCUUUGCUUUUUAAGAAUUAUUUCAUUAGGAUAAAUAACUAGUCAAAGUGCGUAAGGGGCCCUUAUGAUUCUGGGUGUGUUUUGUCAAAGUGCUGUUUCCCAAAUGGUUGGCCCUGGUGACACGUAGGUGCGUAUAGAAUCACUACGUCUUAUGCCAAGAAGGGUCUACUCCGGCUACCGCAUCGUUCGAAAUGCACCAAAUUUGAAAGACGGCGGAGCAGUUUGGGGGCAGCUGCCUGUGGCAGACGCAGAGAUGCAGAUCUUUGUGGAGACCCCGACGGGCAAGACCAUCGCCCUCAAGGUUGAGCGCAGGGCCACCACUGAGGAUGUCAAAGCCAACGUCCAAGGCAAAGAGGGCAUCCCGCCUGACCAGCAGCAUCUGAUUUUUGUGGACAGACAACUGGAAGAUGGCCGCGCUCUGGCAGUGCACUACCACAAAGCGUCCACCCUGCGCUUGGCGCGCCUGUGGGGUGGCAUCGUCUCCGUCCUGGCCCAGAAAUGCAACUGCGACAAGAGGAUCUGUCACAGGUCUUAUGCUCACCUGCACCCCCGCGCUGUCUACUGCCCCAGGAAGUGCAGCCACACCGACAACCUGCCGGCCCCCACCUCCCAGAAGAAGGUCAAACAAGGGCCUUCCGUCGGCUCUUCCUUGGCCGGCAAGGUGGUCUCCUGCAUGAGUCCCAAGGCCCUGGCGCCUCAGUGUUUCGAACAUGGACUGAACUCUGAUGGCGCUGGCCUUGGGGCCAAGGAGCCCGCUGCACUCCGCCUUGUGACACCAGCGAGGGGCUUGGGAACCCUGGGCGGCUUCUCAGAGGAGUGCCACCAUACUCUGGCUGCCUGUAAGAGGCCCCAGGCAGGGUCAGGUGGUCAGGAAGCCACCGCAGAGAUGAUGGAAUUUGGACCAGGGUGGACGCAGUGGAGGCGAUCCUACGUGGGCAUAAAGCACAUUCCUGGUGUCUGCACAGCAGCUGGCUUGGCCGACCUCUGGGUGACAGGCCGCCUGGCGGGCAGAGCAGUGGCCCGGGGUGCUGGGCUGUGGACCCACAGGGGUCCACUCACAGACAACACGUUUACUGAGUGGCCUCCCCAGCCGGGCGCUGGGCCUCACAAAGGCUUGGACCCCACCCUGUACUUGCCCUGGUGUAGCAGCUCCUGGUGCGUGGGGAAGAUGCACAGGAAUAGUAACAGCGACCACUGUCAGGACUGUGUGGCAGAGAAGAUCCCAUAG